AUGUUCUUUUGUUCCGUGACUCUUCACCACAGAGUCUUGAAACGAUUCGGAUCCACCGGCAUCAUCAAAAAGCACAAGAACUAUCUCCGCAAGACUCCAGUACUGCAGCAAACAAAAGCACUUUUCAACAUGACAUCUCUCCACAUACCUUUGGAAAUAUGGACCAAGAUCGCUUGCCACGUUUCCUCUCAACGGCAAGAUCUUCGCAAUCUUCGACUUGUGUCGCCUGGAUUUAACGCGGCAGCUUCGAGCUUCCUUUUUGAAACCCUCUAUCUUACGACGCGACCGCAAAGCUUUAAUCGUUUGCUUGCCAUAUCCAGACACAAGAAUCUGCACAGAUAUGUCAAAGUUAUCGAAUACAACUGCAUGGUAUACAGCCAUAACUUCUCGCUACAAACUAGAGACGCACAGCUGGCAGACGGUGACCGAAAAUACAUGAAUCAAGCCGGGUUUAUCGCAAGCGACUUUUUAACUGAAGCCUUCAAAAAUUUCACGAAUCUUAACGGACUGAGAAUAAUAGCAAAUGGAAAGAAGACCGAGUGCGGGCCCGAUAUUUGCCCGGGAUUGUUUCAUUAUCGAUCCGAUGCUAGUCUUGGAGCCUUCCUCAUUUCUGCUUUAACAAAUCUCAGACGGCCACUAGAAAUAUAUGCGAGUAUAGAUUACGAAGAUGAUUGGGAUCUUGAAUACUCAGGAUCUGAGGAGCAGCGAAGGGAACUUUUGUACAAUAUACAGCAUCUUACAGUUUCCAAGUACGAAAGCAAAGCAGAGCCUGUGGUCGCAUCGACACAAUAUAAAGUCGCCGGGGUACAUGCUCUCGGUUCUAUUCUUGGGUCUUUAACUUCCAUCAAAUAUGUGAACGUUUCAGGCAUAGCUUGGUUUAACCAUAUCUUCGUUCGUAACAAUCGAUGGAAAUUUUUAGGAUCGUUGAUUUUGGAAUCUCUUUUCGUCGAGCGAAGAGAUCUCGAGACUUUUCUCUUGAAUCAUAGAGAUAGCCUCAGGUCUUUGGAGAUUACAUCCGUAUCGUUCAUGGAUCUUGAUGAUAAGUCGUGUUCAAGCUUCGUACAAUUUCUCCGAGAAGAACUGUCCCUUGACGUUUUCAGACUUAAAGAUAAUUACGAUUGGGAUCGGGUUCGUUGGCCGCGUCGGGAAUUGUCUGAUUGGAUAAGCGAGCCUUAG